GACACAUGCCGUCAUUCACCGUUUAGUUACAGAAGGCCCGCUGCAUUCCAGGUACCGCAUGAAGGACUGGGGGUGCAGUGUGGACAAGAAUGGCCCCGUGUCCGCCCUCAUGGAGCUCAUAGCCUGGGGGGAUAAAGAGACGUGUAGACGGUGACAUUGCAGAGUGAUGACCGGGGCCAUAGGGUGUCCUGGGAGCACCGAGGAAGGGCUGCCUCAGUCAAGUUACGGGGUCAGGGAGGGCCUCCUUGAGGACAAUCCUUUCUAAACUGAAACCUGAAGGAUGAGUUAGGAGGCAGCCAUUGGGAGAACAGGCUGGGGGUGAGAGGGCCUUCAGGGCAGAGGAGGGCACACUGAUACAGCUCGUCAGGGGUGGGCAGCGCCCAUGCUGGGUUGAAAGCGUCUCUUGGGGGAGUCUCCUCCAGCUCAGGGUCCCCGUCCUGGCAGAGCAGGAGUGUGGUGUAUGUUGAUGGGUGCCAGGUGUUGGGCUUUGGGGUGGGGGGAGGUGAGGUGUGCAGACAGCCUUGCCUCUGGGGUGAAGCGGGUCAGGGUCCUGGAGAUGACCUCUGGGUCAUGUGUGUGUUGUCGGUCAGCCCUGGACAGCGAGUCGGCCUCCAGCAGCAUCCGUUUCAGCAAGGCCUGCCUGAAGAACGUCUUCUCAGUCCUGCUCAUCUUCAUCUACCUGCUGCUCAUGGCCGUGGCCGUCUUCCUGGUCUACCAGACCAUCAUGGACUUCCGCGAGAAGCUCAAGCACCCUGUCAUGUCGGUGUCUUACAAGGAGGUGGAUCGCUACGACGCCCCAGGCAUCGCCCUGUAUCCCGGUCAGGCCCAGCUGCUCAGCUGUAAGCACUAUUACGAGGUCAUCCCGCCUCUGAGGAGCCCCGGGCAGCCUGGAGAUGUGAACUGCACCACUCAGAGGAUCAACUACACGGACCCCUUCUCCAAUCAGACCCUGAAAUCCGCCCUGAUUGUGCAGGGGCCGCGGGAGGUGCAGAAGCGAGAGCUGGUCUUCCUCCAAUUCCGCCUGAACCAGAGCAGUGAGGACUUCAGCGCCAUCGAUUACCUGCUCUUCUCGUCCUUCCAGGAGUUCCUGCAGAGCCCAGACAGGGCCGGCUUCAUGCAGGCCUGCGAGAGCGCCUAUUCCAGCUGGAAAUUCUCGGGGGGCUUCCGGACCUGGGUCAAGAUGUCCCUGGUGGAGACCAAGGAGGACGGGCGGGAGGCGGUAGAGUUCCGGCAGGAGACCAGUGUAGUUAACUACAUUGACCAGAGACCUGCAGCCGAGAAGAGCGCUCAGUUGUUCUUCGUGGUCUUUGAAUGGAAAGAUCCUUUCAUCCAGAAAGUCCAGGACAUAAUCACCGCCAAUCCUUGGAACACAAUUGCUCUUCUCUGUGGAGCUUUCUUGGCAUUAUUUAAAGCUGCAGAAUUUGCCAAACUGAGUGUGAAAUGGAUGAUCAAAAUUCGGAGACGAUACCUUAAGAGAAGAGGUCAGGCAACAAACCACAUAAGCUGAGGUUGUUGGUGGUGUUUGUAGAAACUGCCCGAGUUGAUGGAAGUUCUCAUCACUUCCACUUUGGUAAACCAGGCUGCCAGCAAUCCAGUCCUCACUUGAAGAAAACAGGCUUUGCCGGGGGCCUAGCCUGUCGCACUGCAGCUUCUAACCUGGCCCCCCAACGAGACUCUCUUAGAGCCCAGUGGAACAGAUCCAGUGGAUGACCUAAACGUUAUUUAAGUAUUUAAAUUAUUGAUGAACAUUUUUUGACAUAUGACAUGAAUAUGUCAAAUGGAAGAUGGACUCAGAUAGAAUCCAGUGUUCUGAAGGUUUGUGGAAGCUGUCUUCCUUCUUCCUUGGUUUGGUGUAUAGUUAAGGUCCGACAGGAUGAUUAAGGUUCUGACCGCAGGUCUUCUCCUUGAGAUUUUUUUUAAAUGAAGGGUGUGUGACUUUCUUCUCCCCGCACUGGUGACUCUCCGGCGGUGGAGGUCACAGUGUGGAACCGGUGUGCUAUUCGUGAGAAACACAAAACCCCUCAUAUCUCUGGUGCCAUGUGCAAGUCUCUGACAUACUCUCAUGUGUUAAAUAUUAAAUGAGACUGUUUUUUAAAACUACUGUGGAAACUAUAGUAAUUAGAUCGCUUGUGGACUGAGCAGCCACCUACCUGUCUGGCUAGAAUAUUGACGGAUGCAUGUCUGAGUUGGGCGUGAUUAACAUGCAGGGGUGCUAGGACAUGUGUGCAUAGUAGGUCCCUCCUCUGUGUUUUGAUGAUCUCAUUAACAGGUGAAUAAAAGUUAGGUUAAUACAGAAGGAAUCAGUGCUGGUGUGCGCAUCUGCUACAUCAGUAGGCACUGGUACACUUUUAUCCCCAUGACCUCCAAAUAAAAGGAAGUGUUAGCCUGGA